AUGCCAGGCUGCUGGCAGAGCGGAGACGUUCCCCUGCUGCUGCCAGAGUGGCAGGCAGACGGGGGAGACCGACUCGGCCUGACAUAUGCUGGCUUAGAGGAGACGAGAGCUCUGCUCCGAGCCCCGAACGGCCGUAUGAUGUUAUCCUCACGUCAUGCGUGUACCACCUGGAGCACCCACUUUCAUGUGAAUCUCCCCAGCCAGGGUUCACUUAGCUCGGACACCAUGGCUUCUGAGCAGGCCAGCCCUCCAUCCCACCCCAGUCCAGAGUACUUCUCUUGGGAUUAUCGCCUCCAGCUUAUUGGUCUGGGGUUUGGCUUCUACACAGCUAUUUUCCUCCUCACCCACCUCCUGUCUCUGAUUCUGUGUCGUACCUACAACUCUCUACUGAACAAAGAAAAGGUCUUCUGGAACCUCGCAGCCACCCGGGCAGUGUUUGGCAUCCAGAGCUCGGUAGCUGGACUCCGGGCCCUGACCGAGAACUCCGAGUUGACCAGAGACAGGGUGAGGGGCCAGGAGGAUUGGUCGUGGUUUCACGUCCUCACAGCCACCGGCUUUUUUGUUUUUGAGAACGCUGCUCUUCAUGCCUCCAGCGUGAUAUUUAGGUCGUUUGACCUGCCUCUGGCGGUGCACCACUUCUGUGCCCUCUCGGGAUUUGCAGGAGCAGUGGUCUGGGAUUCCCAGGGCCACUUCCUGGCGAUGGUCACCCUUCUGCUGGAGAUGAGUACUCCAUUCACGUGUAUAUCCUGGAUGUUACUGAAGGCUGGCUGGGCAUGCACUCUGUUCUGGAGAGUGAACCAGUGGGUGAUGAUACACAUGUUCCACUGCCGCAUGGUGCUCACGUAUUACAUGUGGUGGGUGACCGUGACGCACUGGGCAGAGAUCAACGCCCACAUCGCCCUGCCUCAGCGCCUCCUCUUCUUCUCUGGUCUGGCUUUGCUCACAGUUAUCAUCAACCCCAUCUGGACACACAAAAAGACCAUGCAACUGCUCAAUCCCGUGGACUGGAACUUUGGCAACAAACCGGCUCCAUCAAAUGGCUCCACAGAGGGUCCAUCUAAGGUUUCUAUGAAACAACAUGCCAACUGAGGUGCAUCCCAGAGGACAUUACCGGAAUAUACAGCUAUUUUUUUCAAAGUGACUUUUGAUGAUGGGAAAAUUAGUGUUUCUUUAAGUUUUAGUCUACAUAGACUACAAUUUAAAAAAAAAAAACAACAACACAAGCACUUUGUAGUACUCUUAAUGGCCAUCACAGUAUGGUUUGCAAUAUCGACUUCCACCUGACAUUAUUAAUAAUAGUAUUUUAGUUACUUUUAUUAAGUAAUACUUGCUAUCAUUAACCUCAUUCAAAAAUGUGUGUUUUUCCCUACUUUUUUCUAAUGUGUGAAACGGGGUGAGAGCUGUUUUCUUAAGUCAUUCAGUUACAUCAGCUUACAAAUGAAAAUACUGACUUCGGAUAAAAAAACUGUUGCAUAAUGCACAGAUAGUGUGAGUCUUUGUACUCAUCUAAUAUACAAUCUCUUUAUCUGGUUUUAGCAGCUUUAAGUCUUGUUACUGACACUCAGUGUUAUUAGUUUAGUUAAAUUAGUAAUAAAAUGUGCUUUAGGGUAUGAUAUGUAUAAGAUGGGACGGAUAUUUCCUCACUCAGUGGUGAAGUAACACCAACAAGGCUGCCUUUGUCAAAUAGAACACGCAAAACUGGUGGUAAAUUGGAUUAGCUCAAAGGAAUCUGCUUCUUCAUCUUAAUCAUCAGAUCUUUUUUAUACUAAUUGGUUAGAUCAGUUCACUCAUAGUGGGUUAGGACUCUUCUUACAACAAAAGGGAAGAGUUUUUAAGCACAAUAGCAGAAAAAGGCCUUAAACAGCAUCUUCUUUAUUGUUGGACAAAAGGUUGGGAAUGGUCCGCUCCACAAAGGCUCUUCUGUCCGAAAUGGAGAUGCGAUGUGACGAAACUGAAACAGUGUUUACAAAAAACAAAGUAACGUUUUUGAACCAUGAUGCUUUUCAGCAUUCAGCAUUUUUCUUUUUUUGAAGUGGAUAUUAAUUUAAAAAUAUGUCAUGUAGUAAACUCUUUUGAAGGACCUUUCAGAUUUUUCACGCGGGGGUUUUAUCUUGUAUGGACGGUCAGCUCCUUAACAGAUAUCCAUUGUGUUGCCAUUACAGUAUUUCUACUGUGUCUAACCGAUACUACCAUUAGUUUGGUUUUUUUUGUUUUUCUUAAUCUAUGUCUUGGAGAUUCAAAAUGGCCCUUAAGUUUUCUCUGAAAAUAUUACAUUUUGAAACAAACAUUCAGGUGAACCUGGCAUUUACAAUUGCUGUUUAUUUUUUCAUUAUUAUGUAUAAGCCUCUGUGGGAUAUUGUUUUUUUCCUGGUGCGGCAAACGAGACAUAAUUUACUGACAUAACUUUUCACUAGACUUUCAAAUCUAAUGAAAUAGCUAAUACAAAACGGAAAUGUACAAUAUGAAUGUGUCAUGGGAAACAUUACAGAAUUACUUGGUUAAAGCUAUGAUGUCUUGUUAAAAUUGGAUUGAGUGUUUUCAUAUUUGCAGCCUAAUCAAACAUCCCCUGCAAGUCCACUCCUGAGUCCAGACCCAUCAGUCCUCUGUGUGUGUGUUAGAGAUUUACAUCAAAUAGAAUUAAAAAUAGCGUUUUUGUCACGCUCUGUCAGUCUGUCUGUUUUGUGCCCUCUGAUCUCCACUUGCUAUGUUCCUCCUGCCUGUAUUCUGGAAAUGAGAUAAUUAUUAUUUAUUUAUUAUUUGGAAAUCUCU